AUGUUCUCCCGCACCACCACCCUCGCAGCGGCCCUCGCCCUCCUCGCGACCACCGCCCUCGCGCAAAUCCCCGGGCUGCCCACCUGCGCCCAGGGCUGCAUCACCAACUACGGCGGCUGCAACCAAGUCGAUGUGAAAUGCAUUUGCUCCAACAAGCCGCUGCUCACGACGCUGUCGUGCUGCGUGAGCCAGAAUUGCGAUGCGCAGGGCCAGGCUGAUGUCAUCUCCUUCGCCGACUCCCUCUGCAGCGGCCAGGGCGUCAAUGACCUCCCCACGCAAGCGACCUGCGCCCCGGGAGCCUCCAGCACCGGCUCGGGAACUGCUACAGGCACUGCUUCUGGCUCUGCGUCCGUGACCAGCUCUGGAACUGCUUCUGCCUCUUCCUCCGCCAGCGAGUCCGCCGCUUCGACCUCCGCUGCCGCUGCGACGACUUCCUCUGCUGCUGCUGCUGCUGCGGGUAAGAUGAGCUACCCAGUCGAGGGCGUGGGAUUGGGCAUGGCGAUUUUGGGGUUGGUUGUUGGGUUGUAG